AUGGCGUUCAACCUGUUCCACAAAAACGCGUUUAACAUAUCGAGCCAGGUGACAACCAACCGCACGCAGACGGAUCCCUUGUCGGCGCUGGCGUCGGUCAUCUUGAGCUUCCAGAAUGGCGUCGAUGGCGUGCUCCGAGCCUACCUCGAGCGCAUCUACCUUACGACACGGCACGCCGCCGAGCGCUCGGACGGUCCCAACGGGCAAUAUUAUCGACGCGAAGGCUGCACUGUCCGCGCCAUGGACGGAGCCGCUUCGAACGGAGACUUUGGCGUACUCGCACUCUUGCACACGGCGCGCCACGAAGGCUGCUCGGACCGCGCAGUCGACGGCGCCGCGGCCCUCGGGUCAGCCGUGCUACUCGACUACCUCUAA